AUGCGUUUGAUGAUUGACCUCACCUCCAACAAGCACAUGAUAAUGUUAUUUCAUAUCAUGCUAAUAUUGUUGCUAUUUUCUGUGACUCAACACUGCUUAUCCUUGGGUAUAUGUCCAGGAACCUCCUCUCCAAACGACGGAUAUAAAUAUUGUGGAAGAUUUUCCUCGGAACAAUUAAAAACUAGUCUUAUACUUCGAGAGCAACAACAACAACAAUACGAAUCAUCAACGAGUACCAGUACUAAUUCUUGUUUGACAUUACCUACAAUCGAUGAAGAAGAAAAUUCAAAAUUAAUUUUAAAUAAUUUUUUUAAUAUCACGACCAACGAUCUCUCAAAAUACUUAAAUAGCACUAUUUGCAAGGUUCGAUGGAGUGAUGAUGCAGUGAUUACUUAUCAACUUGAAAUUUGUGCUUUGGAUAUCUAUUCCAAAACAUUCUAUGUCAUUUCUGAUGGUUACAAUGUUCACAGAUUUGCAAAUUUAUCAGAAUUGGAAAAUAUUACACCAAAAUAUUUUGUGAAUCAUGAAAUGGUGACAAGUCAAACCUCUGCAUUUGAAGAUCAGAUUUUCAUUAUAUCUGGACCUAAUUAUGUAUUGAAUAUGAAAAAUGAUAUUAUUUCAACAAGUAGCAGACAUUCAUGCAACAUCUUUAUGGAUCCCAUAUUUCAUUUUAAUAUUAUUAGUGUUGGAGAAGAUGAUUUGGAUGGACCUGGUGUGAUUUUAAAAAAUGUUCAAUCUGGGCUCUGUAUCACCGUCUACUCUCAAUUAAGAUUUUAUUUCAAAGGAGAACCUUGUUCUAAUGCAUUGACUGCAACAGGAGCCCAACUGAUAAGUGACACUCAUGCGAACUCUAUGCACGACAAAAAUUCUUUUGGACUGGAUCUUUACUCUUUUCAUCAUUUCCUGAUCAUGAUAACUAUUUACAAUCAAUUUCUAUCACAACCUCUCUAUUUUCUUCACCUUAUUUCAAAUCUAAAUUUGUUCAACAAUUACAUUUCAUUCCAGUAG